CAUGAGUGGCAAUGCAGACUUUGAACUACGCAGAUCUAACUACACAGCUCUUAGCCAGUAAGAUUCCUUUCUCUCCAUCUGCCAAAGACCAUGGCCCACGUCAGAGGUGGAGAGAUUUAUUUGAUGUCUAUAUCUUAAGCACCAUCUACACUUGACUCCUCUACAGGACUCUCACUUAUCAGCAGAAGCAGCCACUGGGGGCAGCUUGGGUCUGUACUCAUGUGCUCAUAGAUCACCUGCUGCCAUCAGUGCCCAUUGGAGAAGUUGCCCUCAGACACUGAUGCUCCCUCCCUUCUCCCCAAGAACUCAUUUCUCACCAUGAAACUCCUAUUUCUUCUCUUUCUCAUCCUUGUGUGUCUUGCUCCAACAAUAUCAGGGCGCAAAAGAAACUCGAAAUUCCGUCAGUGUGAGAAAAUGGGAGGCAUUUGCAGGCCUCAGAAGACCCACGGGUGCUCCAUCCUGCCUGCAGAGUGCAAGAGUCGGUACAAGCACUGCUGUCGGUUGUAAUGGAAGCUUUCUGAUGUGUGCAGAUCUGCAGAGAGUAGUCAACCGCUCUGAUUUCUGUGAAAUAAAAACGCCAUUAUGUACAGCUAUUCUUCCCAAGGGUGUUGA